AUAAAAUUUUUUUAUGAUCUAAUUAUGAUCUUUCGGUGGAUUAAUUAGAGAAAAAAAAAUGUCUAUCACAAUAAAAUUGAACUUAGAUUAAAUAGUAGUUUCGUCUAAGUGUACAUUGAUACGUUAUGUAAAUAGAGAUAAACAAAAAUAGUUGUAAAUAUUUACUGUCUUAAUUCAAACAUGGCAACAUGUGAUAUCUGGAUCCGUAAUAUUAUUAAUAUUUAUGGUUUGUUAUUAAUAAUUAUCUUGAUUAUUUAUUAUUUUGUUAGUUCAAAGUGGUGUAAAUUAACUAGUUAUAUUUAUCGGUCACAUUUGCUGGGAUUUGAAGCGGAGUGUGCUGAAGUUGCGGUCCCGUAUAAAAGGCGUUUAUUUGAGUCAUUGAAUGAUUUAGAGUCUUAUGAUAAAUUUUUACGGUUUAAUAAUUGUAUUAGGGUACUUGAAAUUGGAGUUAAAACUGGUCAAAAUAUUCAAUUUUAUCCAAAUGGUACCCAUUUGAUAGGCGUCGAUUGGAAUUACAAACUAAAAGAAUAUUUAACAGAAAGUGACCACGCCUGGCAGUUUUCUCACAUUGAAAUAGAAAAAUUAAUAAUUGGCGACGGUAGUUAUCUCAAAGAUAUUCCUAAUAAUUACAUAGAUGCUGUUGUUACAACUAGAUCUCUCUGUUCUGUAUCAUCAGUGGCCGAAGUUCUCAAGGAAAUUUGUCGAGUUCUUGCACCGGGUGGUGUCUAUUUAUUUUUAGAACACAUACCAGAUACAAAAGAUGCAUUAACUCGUUGGCUACAAAGUUUUUUAACAAAAACAAAAAUUUGGCCUUCACUUUUUGGAGACUGCCGAUUGGAUUCAAAUCCGCUUAAAUUUAUUCAAUCCGCUAAUUUCAAGUCCUUAGAAUGUGAAAAAAUAAAAUUACGUGGAUACGUGUCUCAGCCUUAUCGAUUAAAUUUAACCUGCUAUCAUAUUAUGGGCACAGCUAGAAAAUAAUUUUAUAAAUAGUUACAAUUAUCCAACCACUUAAAAAAAAUUUUUUUUCUAUCAACAAUUUUUUAAUAAUUAAUUUUUUAAAAAUAAAAUAAAGUCUUACUUGCAAAAAAUACAUUUAUUGCAAAGACAUAUUUAUAAUUAAUUUUUACAAAAUUUAUAAUGAAAAUACUAUUUUAAUAUUGAUAUAUCGUCGUCAACGACUGUAGAAGAUAAUACUUAAUGAGUAAUAAUAAUAAUAAUCGUCGAAAUAAAUUAUAAAUAUAAAAAAAUAUUUAUUUUUAAAAAAUUUUAUUAACGACCUAGAUAAACAAAAUA